AUGCUAAUAGCCUUUGUUGCUCUUCUCUUCCUCCUCCUAGCCUUUGGCCUCCACCACAUCCUCUCCCACCAAACCCGCCUCUUGCACCAGAUCUUCAACCAAAACAUCUUCAUCACCCGCCAGAUUGCCCGCCUUAUCGGACCGCCUGACCCCGAAGCCCUACUGACAAUUCCCGACUCGAUUCCUGACUCAACCUCCGCUUCCAAAGCAUCAGUAGCCCAAGCACUGGCCAGCCAACGUGUCGAAUACGCCCGUUCCAUUAUCGACUUCUCCUAUGCCGGGCCCAAACUUGAACUGGAAGACCGCCUUCGUCUUCGAGCCCUAGCCAACUCCCGUCUGGUGGCGGCGUUUGGGAUCAACACGUCGCUUACUAGUUCGUCGGUUACUGUCCACAAGGAGUUCCGCAAGUUGGCAAGCGCAUCAAUUAGCAAGAGUAAUGCCGAUUGGCAGAAGCUUUAUGGAGUUUCCAUGGACUUCCUUCAGCAUGAGAAGGCGAGGGAUGGAAGGACUAGCGUUCGCUUGGCGGGGUGUGUCCGAUGUCUCUGCUUUGUUGUCGUUUUGGUUUCGCAGUUUGGGGCGGACGAUAAGAAGGUUGAUAGGAGCUUGGUGAAGCGAAUCACUGAUGAGAUCAAUGCGCAGUGGUUGAAGAGCAAGGAGGAUGGCGAGGCGGUAAAGACCUGUGACAAUCUAAACUAUGAUUUGGGUAUGCUCUUUGGCAACCUGAAGACGUCAGUCGUUGGAGAGAACGAUACGGGGAAAGAUAUCGACCCCAGUGAAGCACUUGGAUUGAUCAUGCCGCAAUACGAGACACUGUGGCGGGUAGUCCUGCUUACCUACGUCACUGCGUAUCAUAGGCAGUUUGAUAGGUGGAGUUUGGAGAAGAGAGUCAAGGACAUUCCAUAUUGUUUGGGAAACGCUGCUACGGAGAAAGAGGCACUCAAGUUAGCAAUGGAGGGUCUUCGUCUCUAUCCGUCCAACAACAGCAUCUAUCGUAUUCGUGCCGUCCCUGGCCCUGAACCUCCAAUUUCAGCAAACGUCCAAGCAUGUCAUCGUGACUUCGAUGUCUGGGGUUCUGACGCUCUUGAGUUUCGACCGGAGCGGUUUGACAAUCUCACACCUCUCCAGGAGAAAGCAUACUUCCCUUUCUCGCUAGGUUCCCAUAAAUGCCCGGCUUUUGGCGGCUUUGGGAACAGGAUGGUCACUAUGCUCGUGGUCUCCAUGGGGAGGGCUCUCUCUCCCGAGACUGGAAAACCGAACUUCAGAGAUGCAAAACUAGACAAUGAAGUUGAAAUCAGUUUGCCGACUGGGCGGGAUGAAAUGGAAAAAUGGUCCUGGGAUAUGGUACGUGUUUAAUGAAGCUAGCAAGAGACGCAAGAGAGUUGGAAGUUUUGUAUGUCAGCAACGCACCCUGAAAACACCAGUGGCAGGCCCGCGGGCUUGGAUAUAAACGUCAAUUUACUGCUUGCUGUGUAUGUACUGUUCUCAAUACUGUUCCCAAUCUGACCCAUCCUUUUCCCACCCAGACCUUGCAUACUACGUGCUGCUUCUUACCUACCCCACGUUCCCAACACCAAUACGAACCCACUACACCAUUAGCUUCUUGAAGGGUAUCGUAAUAUCAGGUCGGUUCUUCAGGCAUCCUCAUGCUGGCUUCAUUCUCAUCACCCCUUUCAAAUCCUUUUCCCCAUUCCCAACCAUUGCAUCCGUGCCCUAUCACUUUAUCCUCCUCGCAUCUCAUCCAUGUUUGUGACGUCCGGCAGAG